AUGGUCUCCGCUUGGUCAAAGAUCGCUAUGGCUGCCAGCCUGGCGGCUUCAGUUACUGCGCAGACGUAUACGAGCUGUAACCCAAUGAAAAAGUCGUGCGAUCCUGAUGUCGGUCUUGCUGCUUCGUCGUACAUGGUGGACUUUACAAAGGGCGCCGACGACGACAACUGGGAAGGAACCGGUCACGGAGACGUCAAAUAUACUUCGGACGGUGCCGAGUUUACAAUCGACAAACAGGGACAGUCACCAACUAUUCAGACCAAGUGGCAUAUGUUUUUCGGUCGUCUCGAAGUUCACUUGAAAGCUGCCCCUGGACAAGGCAUUGUUUCUUCUAUUGUUUUCCUUUCAGAUGUUCUCGAUGAGAUCGACUGGGAGUUUCUGGGAGGCCGUCCCAACGAAGCUCAGUCAAAUUGGUAUGCUAAAAGUAGCUCUGAUAACACUCAGAGUCUUACAUUCCCCGUCGACAACGCCCAAGCCGACUUUCACAACUAUACCGUCCAUUGGACCCAAGAAUCGAUCGAGUGGUACAUCGACAGCACCAAGGUCCGAACGCUCGCCUAUCCCUCUGGAGGAGUGAACUAUCCUCAAACACCUAUGCGUAUCAAGCUUGGAAUUUGGGCUGGAGGAGACACAAAACAAAAUAAAGAAGGAACAAUUGAGUGGGCCGGUGGACCCACAGACUUUUCCAAGGCCCCUUUUACCAUGACUGUGCAGAAGGUCAUGGUUCAGAACCUAAACCCAUCUGAUAGUUACUCAUACGGCGACCAAACAGGAUCUUACAAGAGUAUCAAGUUCGACAAGAAGGACAACGGUAGCGACGACGAGGAUAAGGAUGAAGACAAGGACGAUACAGAGUCAACAUCUGCUUCUGCAACUGCGUCCAAGACGGAUUCCAAGACUACCGAGUCCGCCACCGAAACUGCCACUGCCACCGACUCUGACUCUGACUCCACAACCAUGUCUACCGCCGCCAAGUCAAGCGAGACUGGAAGCAGUGACUUCAAGAACAACAAGGCUGAAGAGACAAGUGGUUCUGAAACCGGCACUUCAACGGGUAGCAGUGCUUCUUCUACCGCCAGCAGUGACGAGAGCAGUGCUGCUGGAAACAUGCCUAAUAUGUGGUUAAGUCUGGGUGUUCUCUGCGGUGCCAUGCUUCUGCUGUAA